GUCAGCAUCGACCUGGCGGAGAACGCGGACGCCAGCGCCAGCGUGGUGGUGAGAGCGACAGACUCCUUCCCCGAGCAGGCCGACCAGCUAGUGACAGCAGAGAUUGGAAAACUUCUUGGUGAAGAAAAGUUGGAUGCGAUCUUGUGUGUAGCAGGAGGAUGGGCUGGAGGCAGUGCCAAAGCCAAAUCUUUAUACAAAAACUGUGAUCUGAUGUGGAAGCAGAGCGUUUGGACAUCAACUAUAUCCAGCCACCUAGCCACGAAACAUCUGAAAGAAGGUGGCCUCUUGACCUUGACAGGAGCUCAAGCUGCAUUAUCUGGAACCCCAGGGAUGAUUGCCUAUGGCAUGGCCAAGGGAGCAGUGCAUCAGCUUUGUCAGAGUUUAGCUGGUGCCAGUAGUGGUUUGCCUUCUGGUUCUGCUGCUGUUGCCAUUUUACCGGUUACCUUAGAUACACCAGCAAAUAGAAAAUCGAUGCCUGAUGCAGAUUUCAGCUCCUGGACACCCUUAGAAUUCAUUGUGGAGACUUUUCACAACUGGAUAACAGGAAAGGAUAGACCAAACUCUGGGAGUCUAAUCCAGGUGAUAACUACUGGUGGGAAGACUGAACUAGUUUCAGCAGCACAUCUUUGAUGUCAGUCACUUACAGCUAAGGAACUUCAGCAAAUGAAAAGCUGUGGAAAAUCUGUCUGCCAGUAUAAUUUGGAUGGUGUUGUAUCCAGUGAUUGUAGUUAUGCCAUUAAUGGAACCAGAUUUCACAUAUUAUUUCAGUGCUGUCAGUUGUGAGCUAUCAACAUCUGUUUACCAAAUAAUGUCCAGUACUUGUCUCUAAGUGAAAGUUACAGGCUUUAAAGUCUGUAGGUAUCCUAACUCUGAACUUACCUGUUUUCUGU